AUGGAUAGUAAGCGCAGCAGAGGCUACAAAUACUCGGCCAUCCAUGGCGACGAGCCGGGUGAUGGACGGAUCAGUGAUCUGGGGGAUCCUACAGCAAACAAGCGACCGAGACAAAUACUGCUCAAGCUGGCAAUGGGCUCAACUUUGAUCGCAGCGGCUCUUUUCCUUGCUGUUGGCCAUGCCUCCACAUGCUGCACCAGCGAGGCGACUUGCUCAGGCUCGCUCGGCACCUGGGGACAAUAUUCACCCUGGGGCCCCGCGCCGUCCGAGAUCGAUCCCGCGAUCCCAUCCGAAUGCAAAGUGACUUUUGCCCAAAUCCUGUCGAGGCACGGUUCCCGGGGACCGUCGGCCGACAAGGGGGCCAAGUACUCGGCCCUCGUAAAGGAACUGCAGCGAAAUGUUACCGAAUACACAAAGGGAUUCGAAUUCUUCAAAGAUUACAAGUAUGAGCUCAUUGCUGAUGACCUGUCUCUGUACGGUGAGAAUGAAAUGAUUGAAUCGGGGAAGCUCUUUUAUCACCGCUACAAGGACCUAGUCUCCGAGACGGAGCCCUUUGUCAGAGCCUCUGGGUCCGAGCGCGUCAUCAUGUCGGCGCAAAACUUCACUCAGGCCUACUACUGGGCCCAGGGCCGCAACGGCGACGACUUUGCUUCGCGCAUCCUGGUGAUUCCGGAGGAGGAGGGUUACAACAACACUCUGGAGCACGGUAGCUGCAAGCUGUUCGAGGAUGGCCCUGGCAAGAAGGAGGGCGCUGCGAAGCAACAGGAGUGGAAGGACAUAUGGGUACCGUCGGUGCAGAAGCGACUGAGCAAGAAGCUGCCUGGGGCCAAGUUUGACAUUGACAACACCGUCUACUUUAUGGAGCUCUGCCCCUUUGAGACGGUGGCCUCGCCCGAGCUCGCGCUGUCGCCGUUUUGCCGCGCCUUUUCCCGGAAUGAGUGGCGCAAUUACGACUACCACCAGUCGCUGGAGAAGUGGUACGUGUACGGGCCAGGCCGGGACCUGGCGUCGUCGCAGGGCGUCGGUUUCGUCAAUGAGCUGAUUGCGCGGCUCACUGGCAAGCCCGUGCAGGACCACACGUCGACCAACUCGACGCUUGACGCGUCGCUGGAGACGUUUCCGCUCAACCGCACGCUGUACGCCGACUUUAGCCACGACAACGGCAUGAUGACGGUGUUUACAGCGAUGCGGCUGUUUGAGGGCACCGCGGACCUACCGACGACGGAGCGCAGGUCGCCGGAGCAGCUUGGCGGGUACUCGGCGUCGCGCGCGGUGCCGUUUGGCGCGCGCAUGUACGUGGAGAAGAUGCGGUGCGGCAGCGGCAGUGACGAGGAGGAGGGUGAGGAGCUGGUGCGCGUGCUUCUCAACGAGCGCGUGGUGCCACUGCGUGGAUGUGAUGCGGAUGAGCUGGGGCGCUGCACGCUGGACAAGUUUGUCAAGUCCAUGUCGUUUGCGACGAGCGGCGGUGAAUGGAGCCGUUGCGAGUGA